UUAGCUGUUGCGCAGCCUCACACAUUUUGUGUUGUUCUGCUUGGAUUCCCUUUUGUGCGCUUCUGCAUUAUUGAAGAAACUAGCCAAAUUCACGAAUUUGUUAAUGAAACAAACCCUUUCGUGUGUACCAGCAAAUAGACUGAAGCGGUCACCCGGUACCGGGGACCCGCCCCCAGUUUUACUUGUGCGUAAAAAGUUUGUACGACGUAAAUCGAUCCGUGGGCAUAAACAGAUAAGGACUCCUGCUCUGUAGGAUUUGUAUAGGCCUAAUGUGAAUAGCUUUGUACGAAUUGUAACUUCUGGCAUCGUGAUCGAUGUUCAGUAAGACGCGUGUGAAAUACGAUGGUAAAUUCUGGAUGCUCCUGUUUUGCUUGGGUUAAAGAAAGGCAAGGCUUGCAGUGACCCUAAAGCAAAGCCCUCCUACCUGGUUGAUAGAAACUUGGAGUCUGCCGUCAAGUUCAUUGUCCGCAAGUUUCCAGCUGUGGAGACGCGAAACAAUAAUCAACACCUUGCCCAGCUGCAGAAAGAGAAGUCUGAGAUACUGAAGAACUUGGCUCUCUACUACUUCACCUUUGUGGAUGUAAUGGAGUUUAAGGACCAUGCCUGUGAUUUGCUGAACACUAUCAACGCCUCCCAAGUCUUUUUUGACAUUACUGUUAACUUUGACUUGACUAAGAACUACCUUGACCUGGUGGUGACCUACAUCACACUGAUGACGCUGCUUUCUCGGAUUGAGGAACGCAAAGCCAUCAUCGGACUCUACAACUACGCACACGACAUGACUCAUGGGUCCAGUGAUCGCGAGUACCCCAGGCUUGGGCAGAUGAUCGUGGACUAUGAGAAUCCCCUAAAGAAGAUGAUGGAGGAGUUUGUCCCACACAGCAAGUCGCUGUCGGACGCCCUCGUGUCCCUGCAGAUGGUCUAUCCCAGACGCAAUCUGUCAGCUGACCAGUGGAGGAAUGCUCAGCUGCUGAGCUUGAUCAGUGCACCUAGCACCAUGCUGAACCCCGCCCAGUCAGACACAAUGCCCUGUGAAUAUCUGUCUUUGGAGACAAUGGAGAAGUGGAUUGUGUUGGGCUUCAUUUUGGCCCACACGGCAUUGAACAGUGAGCCGGUAGCCCUCAGCUUGUGGAAGUUGGCGCUCCAGAGCAGUUCCUGCCUAUGCCUCUUCAGGGACGAGGUCUUCCACAUCCACAAGGCCACCGAGGAUCUAUUUGUUAAUAUCCGCGGCUUCAACAAGCGUAUCAAUGAUAUCAGGGAAUGCAAAGAGGCAGCAUUAUCACAUGCGGGUUCCAUGCACAGGGAGAGACGGCGGUUCUUGAGGUCUGCGCUAAAAGAACUAGCCACAGUGCUAGCAGACCAGCCGGGACUGCUUGGCCCAAAGGCGCUGUUUGUCUUCAUGGCACUGUCCUUUGCCCGGGAUGAGAUCAUUUGGCUGCUGCGUCAUGCUGAUAAUGUUCAGAAGAAGAACACAGAUGACUUCAUCGACAAGCAUAUUGCGGAGCUCAUCUUCUAUAUGGAGGACCUGAGGUUCCACAUUCGCAAAUACGGCCCGGUGAUGCAGCGCUACUACGUGCAGUACCUGUCUGGGUUUGACGCCGUCGUGCUCAAUGAGUUGGUGCAGAACCUGUCUGUUUGUCCAGAGGAUGAAUCCAUCAUCAUGUCCUCGUUUGUGAACACCAUGACAUCCCUCACCGUGAAACAGGUGGAAGAUGGCGAGGUGUUUGAUUUCAGGGGCAUGCGGCUCGACUGGUUCAGAUUACAGGCCUACACAAGUGUUUCAAAAGCCACACUGGGAAUCGCAGACCACCGUGACCUGGGCAAGAUGAUGAACACCAUCAUAUUCCACACCAAGAUGGUGGACUCGCUGGUGGAAAUGCUAGUGGAAACCUCUGACCUCUCCAUAUUCUGCUUCUACAGCCGUGCAUUUGAGAGGAUGUUCCAGCAGUGCCUGGAGCUGCCCUCUCAGUCCCGCCACUCCAUCGCCUUCCCCCUGCUCUGCACCCACUUUAUGAGCUGCACUCAUGAACUGUGCCCUGAGGAGGUGAGGGGUCCGGGGGACCCCGCUGGGGAGUCUGGCGCCUGCGCUCCUUCCCCUUACUGCUUAUCGCUGCUUUACUGCUUUGCCUGGUGGUCGUAUGGGCCUUUGACCGCACCCCGCCUGUGCAGCUGCAUUUACAUCUGGCUUGUCUAUGUCAGCUAAUCCCUCCUGACCCCC